AUGGCGGCGGAGUGCGGCGAGGGCAAGGCGGACUGCAAGAAGACGCCGUGGAGUGCGGAGGAGGACGAGGCGCUGCGGGCGGCGGUGCGGGAGCACGGGCGGCAGAACUGGGCGGCGAUCGCGGGCGCGGUGGCCGGGCGCGGCGCCAAGUCGUGCCGGCUGCGGUGGUGCCAGCACCUGGCGCCGGAGCUGGACAGCCGCCCCUUCACGCCCGAGGAGGACGCGCGCAUCGUGGAGCAGCAGCGCGUGCACGGCAACAAGUGGGCCACCAUCGCGCGCUACCUCCACGGCCGGUCCGACAACGCCGUCAAGAACCGCUGGAACUCCGCCCUCCGCAAGAUGCAGCCUGCCGCCGCCGCGCAGGAGGACGCUGCCGAUGCCGCCGAGGACCAGCAGGCGGCGGCCCCGGCGUGCCUCGAUCUGUUCCCGUUGAGGGCUGGGGAGAUGAGGGAGGCGACUGCGGCGGAUCGGUUGGGCGUUCGGGCGCAGGGGGAGGUGGAGGAGGACGUGGCGUCCAUCGGCCUUACGCUGGGGUCGCCGGGGCUCAGCGACGCAGAGCUGGAACUGAGCCUGGGACCCGUGCGGCCGUCGUCGAAUCUUGGAGUUGGAGAAGCGGCUUCCUUCCGGCUGUUUCUCUGA